AUGCCGAGGGGUCGCGGCGGGCGCGCCCGCGGGCGCGGGCGGGGCCGCGGCCGCGGGCGCGGCAGGCGCCGUGUGAGCGACGACGACUUUUCGUCUUCCAGCGACGACUCUGACGUCAGCGGCAGCGGUGCCGCCGCCGGCGGCCGCGGGCGUGGUCGCGGCCGCGGCCGCGGGCGCGGGAGGGGCCGGGAGGCUGGCUCGAAGCGGCGCGCGAGCAGCAGCGGCGACGAGGGCGACUACGGGGCCCCCGACAGCGAGGACGAGCGCCCGCGCAAGCGCCGCGCGGCGGCCGCGGCGGCGGCGUCGACGCAAGACGAGGAGUCGGAGAGCGAGCCGGGGGAGCCGUCUGUCGACAACAGCAGCGAGUCGGAGCAGGCCGUGGUGGACGACGAGUACCUCGACCCCAACGACGACUUCUGCAGGGUCUGCGGCAGCGACGACCGCCCGGGGCAGCUGCUGUGCUGCGAGUCGUGCCCCUCCGUCUUCCACCUCGACUGCGCCGGGCUGACGGCCAUGCCGGGGGGCGAGUGGUACUGCCCAGAGUGCUCCAAGGCGCUGCUCCUGGAUCAGAUCGAGAAGAUUCUUGAUUACCGCGUGAUCGGGUCCGAGGAUGCGCCCGCUGAUGUGGCGGCGGCUGCGGCGGCGGGGACGGAGCCGCCGCGGGCGCGGCAGGGCGGCGGCGGCGCGCCCGCGGCGGCGGCGGCGGAGGGGCCGAAGGAGUAUUACAUAAAGUGGAAGGACCGCAGCUACCUGCACUGCAGCUGGGUGCACGAGGUGCAGUUUGAGCGCGCCGCCAAGCUGGGGCUCACGUACGUGCGCACGCGGCUCCGCAAGUUCCACGCCGAGCGCGACGCGGCGGCGGCGGCGGCGGCGCAGGCGGCGGCGGAGGACGAGGAGGAGUUUGGGGAGGGGGGCGCGCGGGCGGUGAUGGACGACGGGCUCUUGCAUGGGGUCGACCGCAUCCUGGCGGAGCGCCCCGCGAUCCCCGACGGCGCCGCCGCCGACGCGCCCGACGCGGCCGCGGCGGCCGGCCUAAAGCGCAACCAGCGCGGCUCCUACAACCUCCUGACCAGCAUCGCGGCGGCGGCGAAGGAGGCGCGCGAGGCGGCGCGCCGCGGCGGCGGCGGCGGCGGGGAGGAGGAGGAAGGCGCGGAGGGUGGCGGCGCGGGGGAGGUGGAGGGGGGCGCCGUGGAGUACCUGGUGAAAUGGAAGGACCAGGACCAUGGGUCUGCGACGUGGGAGAAGGCCGAGGACGUGGCGGCCUUCCAAAAGGAGAUCGCGCGCUUCAAGGCACGCACCCCAAUCGCCUCCACCGCCCGCCUCAAGGCGGCUGCCGCCAAGGAGGCCCGCGCGGCGGCGCGCCACGCGGGCGGCGGUGGCGGCGGCGGCGACGGGGACGGCGGGGACGGGGCGGACGGGCGGCAGAGGGGGCGGGGGGCGCGCAAAUUUGAGAAGACGCCGGGCUGGCUGACGGGCGGGGAGCUGCACCCCUACCAGCUGGAGGGGCUCAACUGGCUCUACCACUCCUGCGUGAUGCAGAUCAUCAUAUAG